AUGGAAUCGCCAUCAUUCAAACAACAACUGUCCCCUAGCAAGACGCCGCUUUUUCCCACAUCCCCUGAACGCAUCAAUCAGCAGAGAUUGUCGAAUUCUUUAUCGAUGCCUUCCGACCUGAGCCAGAAACAGUCCGCCGUCCAGUCGAAAAUUGCUUUCAUCAAUAGCCUUUCGCGAUCGGGUAGCCCGGCACCGAGUCAGCAGCAAGCCGGCGCUACAUCAUCAGCUUCGGCUGCCCUGCAAAGAGCUAUCCUGGGCCGUGAAGAAGCCGAGUCUGCUCUUUCCAAUGCCAACACACUUCUAGCAGAGGCGCAAACGCGGGAACGACGAAUUAGCGAGAGACUCGAGUCGUUAUUGGAAGAAUUACAAACUACUAGGGAACGCCAAGCACAUGAACGAACACUUUUCGAGAAAGAAAUCCGCAAAGCACGCAAAGAAGCAUUUCGCGCCGGGUCCAUGUUGGUUAAAGUACAAGAGGAACUUAAGCUAUCCAGAGGGGAAGCUAAGGCCUUGAAAGAGGAGCUGCGAACGGAGCGAGAGUCCAAAGAGAAAGCCAAACAAGAAUCAUUCGAGCGCGCAUACGCUCUUGCUGGAAUGUCAGAGGAGCUUCAAUCAUUGAAGGACCAGCUUCGAGCCAUUGAGGCUAAUAAUCAACAGAGUGUCUUGGAGACCCAAGUGGACGACUUGGGAGGUGGUGAGAAUAAGAAAGCUGUCGAUUACACCGAUCAGGCAACAUGCACAUCACCUACACCAAGGAGGCCGAAGCGAAGCGCAGACGCCUUUGAGCUUCUUCAGGUCACAGAUUCCGGUGCAGAUCACUAUACACAAGAGGAGACGCCGACGAAGAAGAUAAGACUAUCACGACGGUUCUCAAACAAAGAAAACCAGGAUCCAGAAAUGCUGGAGUUCCAGGGAGAUAUCAUAGCCGACUUAAAGGCCGAAAUUAAGUCAGAACAGCGACAUAGAGAGAGAGCCGAGGACAUGAUUCAUUUUCUGAAGAUGGAAUGUCAGUUUAAGAGGUGCUCAUGCAGGAUCGCCGAAAGCCAAGGACACAAGUAUGUCUACGACAAAGAUUGGGAAAAUGCCAUGCAGGAUGAACAUUUACACAUCUCGGAGGUGGAGGAGCAAGUGCAUGCCGUUCGGGAGGAGACACCAGUGACGUCGGAUGCGCAGUCACCACUUGUAAGUCCUGUAUCUGCCAUGACGCCGCCUACACCACAGUAUCAGGAGGCGCAUGAGGUACAGAAGACAGGUCGACCACAACGGGAGUCCUCAGUUGCCUUUUGCGAAGUGACGGGAACGUUUGUUCAGGUGUCACCACCGCAUGCUCAUAUGCACGAUCGACCUAGUGAAGAACCCCUUGUCCUUCCAAAGGCUGACCAUGGCAACGAAGACGACAACGAAGACAACAUUGAGCUUGCCCAUGAAACUCCUUUAGAGCAAGUGGCACAAUUAAACCCUCACACAGACGUUGUUGAUGAUCACCUUUACGACUUGACCACAAAAAGACAUGAGAUACCUAUCGAGCAGGCACCAAGAACCUACCCACCUACUGCAAUCAACACGCAAAUUACCACUGCUGUCGAAGAACUGCGCCGGCCAUCCCAAAUAUUACCCAUCACACCGACUGAACAAAUGACUGUUUUGAAAGAUAACUCUAUUACCAAAACCGUGCCAAUUCAGUUUGAAUCGGCACACCCACGGAAACCAUCCGACAUCAUACCAGGAACUCCCCUGACUCGAGAAGAAGCACUAGCUCAGAUCAGAGCGCGCAGAGGGCGGACUCGAAGUACUACACAACGAUCCGUCAGCGCCAACGAGGCUACUGCUCGUGCUGGGGGACUGAAAAUACCACCAGCAAGACGUAUACCCGGUGUGAAGCACUCGGACACCAGGAGCGAACCAGACGUCGGAGCUCGAAGAGAUACUGCCCCAGACUCGCGACGAUAUUGA